UGUUACUACACUGUAGGGAAGGAGCAGCCAAGACCUGGCUGCAAGCAGUCGGUCUUACGACAAGCGACUUGGCGUGAUGAUCAUUGCUUUCCUCGACGAGACGCAUGAUUGUUCCAAAAAUGGAUCUAUAUGUAUUUGCGAUGAGUGCCGAGGCACUGAUGGUAGGGAAUGGCAAUCGGAUCGCGAGGCACGUUGCCUCAUCAGGGACAUAUGGUCGGCCGAAUGUUCGUUCCCGUUACAUACCUCAUCUACCGGGGACUUUAACCCGAAGCAGACGGAUAUCUGCCGAACACACCGUACCCAGCGGAGCGUCCCAUAUACCUAUCAUAUACCGUUAUUGCAAGUUAAGGCAGACAAAUGUCUGGCAAUACCUGCAGACGCCGCCGUUUCAGAUCCGAUCAGUCAAGUGCCACCUUGGGGUGUUACACCUGUGUGACUAUCGGGUAUUACAGGCUCUUCAUGCCAUGUCACCCGAAGAGGAUGACUCGAUAUGCCAUGGGUCACACGGUCACACCCCCAUGAGCGGGACGUCGUCGGAUAAUAACAAUCGGGCUGGCCACUUGUUAGCGGCUGAAGACUUCCUUUCCACCCUACACCAUGGAGCUCAAAAGUUCGGGUUUACGUCGUCUUUACGUAAAGGAUGGCAGUUGACGAAAACUGGCCCCUUCUACAUGGCGAAUCAUUCAAGGCACAAAGAGCGGUUGGUUGUUGGAUCCGAAGGCAUCAUUUCAACUUCGAACCAGGGUUUGGUCUAUGUUCUUUCCUCCCUAGUCCAAGCCUUUCGGAUGGACAAGAGUUAUUUCUUGCUGCUGCGGCACAGCAUUCCGCAUCGUCUCCGAGCAGUAACCUAUUGGCCUGUCACGCCGCCAUAGACCGAGACUGUUACGCGAGAUACCGGAAGAAAAGGUAAAGCUGGACCAGACACACUAUAUUCGCUGUCUACAAUUCCCGUGCACAGCAAAACAAGGAGCAGGUAUCGGGUUAUCCAGUCGCUGCCAAGCAACCCAUACUACGCGUCAUACUCCUCACCCGGUUUGCCACAGACCCCCUUUUCGCCGACGAGAAGGAGACUACUAGUAUAAGACC